AUGUCUACGCUUGGGAGCCAGCCAGUGGCCUUUAAAAAGGCUGCUGUGAGGUUUGGUGUGGCGGAGAGUGACUACCUGCUCUUGGGAAGCAUGGGGAUAGCCACCUUUGAACAGUUGGCAUACCGCAUAACCAAGGCGGACGACCUGGAAGGAUUCCUCCGGGGAAGUGUUCUGCCAAGGGCAGCUUUCCUGGAAGACGACGGCGAGGUCGUCGUUUUCCGGAAGUCUCCUGCGGAAUUGUGGGAGGAGUUCCGCCUCAGCGAGGACGCCGCCGCGGUGAGGAAGCUGUGGGCUAUGGCCCGCGAGGUGGCAAAGUCCGAGAUUGAAAAGCCAAAAGCGAAGGUGGACCUCAGCUCGGCUGUGGCGAUGGAGAAAAGCGCGGUCGGGAAUGGCAUGCCUGCGCCAGCCUCCGACACCGAGCGCCCGAGCCUCUUCACCCUCACCAAGGUGUCGAAGGUCCUGGUUCCGCCUGGGGCGUCCUACGAGCACCUGGCCUGGGAGAACUACAUCAGCAUGGAGGACGAGGGCAUCCUUGCACGUUCCGGGAAGUUGCCGAAGGGCAAGCCUGAGAUCACGGUCAAAGAUGACCAGUUGAAGGUGAAGGACUCCGAGACGCUCCCCCCGCCUGGGGAGAAGGUGGCCGAUCUUGAGAUGAUGCGGAAGAGCCUGGACCUCCGCGGGCGUUCCUUUGCCAUGGUGGGAGUGGCAGGUUUUGAAACCUACCGUGCCCUCACCGACAAGUAUGUAGGUAAAAUGAGGGCCGUGGUCCCAGUGGGCAUGAGGAACCCGACCUUGAGUGAGGUUAGGCGGUUCGACCGUGCCCUCCACGAGGAAAUUUUAAAGUGGCUGUCCCGUAGUGUCGGCAGCUUGGAUACGGCCAUCCGAUAUCACCUGGAUGAUGAUACGAUCGCCUUGUGGCGCUUGCUGGACCCUGUGUUGAGUCGAGGGACCAAGCGGAAAGCCGAUCACUAUGAGGAGGAAGCCAAGGACCCUGGCGAUCCGCCGAAAGCCCUGAAGAAGUGCCUCGUGUGCGGAAGUAAGCACUUUCCUUUCUGCCCUCUCCCCGCCGAUUUCCGAAAGAAACAGCGGGAGAAGAAGAAGGAGGCGAAGGAGAAAGCCGCCGCUAAGAGAGAGGCCGCCAAAAAGGCAGGGGCCCAGAAGGCGGACAAGUACGGAGAUUUCUUCUCCCUAGAGGCCCCUGGGCGUUCUAUUGCCCUUAAUUUGGAUGCCUGGAAAAGACUGAUGGGCCUCCCGGGAGUCUUCGUGGUGUACUAUCACAACUGUAUGUUCCGUGGCAGCCGCCGCAGGAAAUAUCAGAUAAUGAUAGUCAACUCUACUUCCCUCAAGGAUCACUUUGUGAAUACCUUGUGUGAGUCCGAUAGGUGCUGCACGCGUACCGGUCUUUCCCAUUUGAAGUGGAAGCCUUUGGUUAAGGACGGGAAAGUUCUGCAAUUCAAAACUGGGGACGAAAGGGAGUAUUCCGCGGGAUUCUGCGAGUUUUAUGCCUCCGCCCUCUCCGAUGCCGAAUUGUCAGGUCCCUUCCUUGAAGUCUUCUCCGGGCCAAAUGCUCCUUUGAGUCAAGCUGUUGCCUCUAGAAUGGGUUCGUUCGUUCCGGGGGCACCUUUGGUGAGAUCUGGCAAAGGUGUCUCGAAUGAGCUAAACGACAUAGCCCAUCUCCUAGAGAACGAGGCUUCUGGCUCUCCUGGCCCUUCCCAAGGGAACCUUCUGGAGCCUAAAGCUGAACCAUGGCUGAGGCAGACAGCGAUCCAGUCGGGUAAGCAGCCCAGCUACGGCAAGAGGGUUCAACUGAUCCCGGACGGACUAAAUGACCCCGAGCUUCAUCUGAACAGAGCUCUUGAGCUCGUCCACCCAUUUGAUUCUUUCGACUCCCUGAAGAGGGAUCAUCAGGAGGCUUUGGAUUACAUGUCGUCCCUCCGAAUGAGCCUGCCAAAGCGUCGAUUGAAAACACUGGGUGAGAUAAAACAGCUCUCAGAGUGCGCGGAAGUUCGCGACAAGCAGUGCAGCCAUGAGAAACUCGCUUCCGCCAGCGCCCUUAAGCUCGGGAGGAAACCGAGGACCGCUCUCAUGGAGAUAUUGCAAGACCGUUAUGGGAUCGAAGAUACAUCGGUCCCCUCUCUGUGCCUGACCGGCAUGCCCAUAGUGGGCAAAGCCCUGUCCUCACCUUUCUUUUUCGAACACGACGUGCCAGCGACCAUAUCCGUCAAAGAACUUCUCAGUCUGUCCAAAAAGCACAGGACUACCAUGAUGAAUCGUGUAGUGCGGAUGGCCGAGUCAUCCGGCGAACAAACCGCAGCGGCCAUCUGGGAGAAGACGGUUAAGGAAGUUGCCGAGGUUUCCAUGGCUGGACCGUUCAUUUUGGAAGACAUCCAGAACAGGCACGGCAGUUUCUUUAAUGUGGUGCCAAGUUUUGGGUUAGAACAAGGGGUCGACGAAUCCGGCAAACCAAAGUUUCGCCGUAUCGAUGACCAUUCAGCUUGCCUGAACAACUCUGCUGCGCAUCGCACUCAAAAGAUAGAGAUGGCCAACGUCGACUACCUGGCAAUCAUGACCCGCUCCCUGCAGGAGACCUUCAAGGAGGGCGCCUGUGUAGGAAGCGAGGACAUGAAGGGAGCCUAUAGGCAGAUUCCUCUGCCCGACAGGCAAGUCUCCAUCUCCAUCACCGCGGUGUACGACCCCGCAAACAAACAGGCAAAGCUGCUUGAGAUUUACGGACAACCAUUCGGAGCAGGCCAUGCAGUCCCAAACUUCUACCGCGUGGCUGAAUGGCUGUCCAG